AUUUACCUGUACACCCGUAUGCACCGCCAUAUUGAGAAGCUACUUGGAGUAACAUUUUGGUCUGCGGGAAAUUAAAAUGAGUUCGAUCUUCGUUUCACUAAUUUAAACGAUUUGUAGCAAAAUAAGAAAUUACCAUAUUCAAUGCAUACUGAUCAGAACUUUACCGGUUAAAGGCAAUAAUGUGCCAAAAUGGAGGACGGAAGAGUGGACAGACUGAUCGAAGCCACCUGAUGUUAACUUGAGGUGUCAGAUUCAGAUGACACGUCUUUAUCGAAGCUGAGCUUUAUCCAUCUCCCCAAGUUUUGUAAAAACAGUUUGGAUCAUCUGCAAGCUUUAGUUCUUUGUUUUGAAAUACAGUGAGUGGUCUGUAAUGAAAAUCUUUGAGUAGUGUAUGUUUGAUACACGGAAAUGAACAAAUGAGUAGUGUUGAUCUGUGGUGUUGCUGUAAACCACUAAUGAUGAAAGGUAUCUUGGUACUCCUUUGUACCUUACUUGUUGUUCAAAAUACUGUUGGACCACCUGUAACACAGAAGAAAAAUGAUGAAAAAAAUGAUGGAAACGAGAUAAAUGAAACUGAUAAUCUGGAACCACUUGGAAUUGAGUACUCUCGUUACUUGAAAGAAGUUGUGACAGCACUAGAGAGUGAUCCAGAGUUUAGACGUAAAUUGGAAAAGGCUGAAGAAGCUGAUAUUCGUACAGGCAAAAUAGCUCAAGAACUGGAAUAUGUGAAUCAUCAAGUGCGCACAAAACUAGAUGAAUUGAAGCGUCAAGAACUGGAACGACUCAGACAUUUGGCAAUCAAAGAAUAUGAACUUCGUAAUGGGAUUGACACAGAUCACCUCAAGAUACCACCAGAACAUCUUGAUCAUUCAAAUCCUCAUACUUUUGAGAUUGAAGAUCUGCGUAAAUUAAUUGCAAAGACAACAGCUGAUCUAGCUGAAGCUGAUAAAAAGAGAAGGCAGGAGUUCAAAGAAUAUGAAAUGCAGAAGGAAUUUGAGAAACAAGAGAAAUUAAAAAAUUUAGAUGAGGAACAUAAGCAGCAGCUUCAAAAGGAAAUAGAAGAGAAGGAAAAGAAACAGAAAGCUCAUGAACCACUCCACCAUCCUGGUAGCAAGCAACAGCUUGAAGAGGUAUGGCAGAAACAGGAUCAUAUGGAAAAUCAGGAAUUUGACCCAAAAACAUUCUUCUACCUUCAUGAUUUGGAUGGAAAUGGUGCUUGGGAUGAACAAGAGGUAAAAGCGCUAUUUUUGAAGGAACUGGACAAGCUGUAUAAAUCUGGAGCACCAGACGCUGACAUGAGAGAACGAGUGGAGGAAAUGGAAAGGAUGAGAGAACAUGUGUUUGCCGAAACUGAUACCAAUAAGGAUGGUCUAAUCAGCUACUCUGAAUUUCUUGCACAAACUAUGAAGCCAGAUUUUGAAAAGGAUCAAGGCUGGGAAAGUCUGGAUGAACAGCAAGUUUUCACCCAAGAAGAGUAUCAUGAGUUUGAAAGACAAAGACUGGAAGCCAUCCAGAAAAUGGUUGCUCAAGGACUGAUUCCACCUUACCCAAAUGGCAUGCCUCCACCACCUGGUCAUCAACAGCCAGUUCACCAUCCACAGCAAUUCGCUCCUCCACUAUCACCACAGCAGCAGCAGCAGUACCAGCAAUAUCAACAGCAGCAACAGCAGCAGCAGCAAUAUCAUCAACAGCAGCAGCAGCAGCAGCAACAGCAACAACAACAACAACAACAACAACCACAGCAGCAGUUGCAUACAGCUAAACAGUUCCAGCCUCAUGGACAAGAACAACAAGGUUACGUACCACAAGGAUAUAUGCCACAAGGACAAGCCCCACCAGGUCACCAGGUACAAGGGCAAUUCCCUCAGGGUCAGUUCCCACAGGGCCACCAGAUACAGGGACAGUUCCCACAGGGCCACCAGAUACAGGGACAGUUCCCACAAGGGCAACAACCACAGGGACAGUUCCCACAAGGUCAGGCCUUUAUGCCACAAGGGAAUAACCCACAAGGUCAAGUAAUGCAAGGACAUUUACCACAAGGACAUAUUCCACCUGGAUCAUAUCAGUACAACCAGAUCCCUCAAGGUCAGGCAAAUGUUGGCCAGGUGCCACCAGAUCAGGCCAUUAAACAGAGUCCCCAGGGAAGCCCUGUGCAGCAGGCCCAACAAGGUGAAGACCAGCAACAACCAGGAAAGGCUAAUGUGAAUCCUCCACAAGAUGAUAAAAAAAAGGAGCAAAACAAUGAAAUAGGGUCUAAUAUUAUUGAAACAGGAGAUAAUAAGGCUAAUAAAAAUGCUGGUGAUGCAGGACAAAAUAAGGAACCCAGUGGAAACUUGAAAGAAGCUGCUAUGAAUGUAGUACCCGCCUGUGCCUGUAAUACAUCCUAGGCAGCCAUCAAAAAGUGACACAAAGCAAUAAUUAUAAUUUAAAUUACAUUUUUACAUAUUGAAUUAAUGUUUUAUAUUAAGUUACACUGCAGAUUGAUUAUGUUGGGAGAUGGUAUGAUCAGCUGUACUAUAGACUUAAAGUAGCAUUGUUGGUAUGUUUGUGAUGUUUUUCAAAUAAGAUCUGAGACGUGUAAAGAACAUAAAAUGUGGUGCUAUUCCUUUUCAUGACAUUUUAUAUUUUUAAUGUUUCCUUUGUUGCCAGUCUUAUUCUUAUAAGUAUUGUCAAGUGUCUUCGAAACUACAGUAUUAAAAAAGAAGUGGUAGGGGUGUUGUGAUAUAACAAGGAACUCAAAUUACCUUUAUGUGCAGGCACAGAAGAGCAGAUCAGUCUGCUUCCUUCAGAGAGAUACUGUACUGCUUUCAUGGUCCUUUUUGUAAAUGUGUAAUGUGAAAGUAUGUACCUGUAUUUAUUUUCUGUACAGUUUAAUAUUAUUUUGUAAUGUUGGGGAUUAAAAUAAAAAAUCUUUUAUUUCUGCUGUGGAAA